AUGGCGAACACAAACUCGAGGACCCAGCUCGGAGGGGAGAGGCCAUUGGAAGAAUAUUCCGACGUAGGAGGUGGAGAGAAACACACGAUCAACACCUUCAUGGACCUCACGCUCGGCGAUGACCAGGAUGUGGGCGGCGACGACAAGGCAGACGAGACGAUGGACACCAUCAGCGAUGCUGAAGAGGAUGAAAGCGACGAAGAGACUGGAUACUGCGAAAAGAUGGAAGCGCUGCCAACUUGUGCCGCAUUUGAUUCUGGAACCCCAAAAGUAAAAGCAAAACUAGUCGAGCUCGCUGACAAGGCGAAUGACCUCUUCGAAUGCAACUCGUGCACUUCGCCUGACGCCGAGCGACUGUAUAAUAAGCUCAACAAGGUCAGGACUAUCCCAGAACCAGAGCGUAAAAUGAUUGGACUCAUUGGCAAUGCCGGGCAAGGCAAGAGCUCAUGCAUCAACUCAAUCAACGAUAUCUCGAAACUCGCGAAAGCUGUGAGUGCUGGCAAGAGUGUCACAUUCGUCGUUUCGCUAUACGAAAAAGUGGCGGCGUCUCAGAAGCACGACUUCUCUGCUCGAAUUGAAUACUUCGAUAUCGAAGCCGUCAAGAAGAUGCUCGAAGACGCCAUAAUGGAUUUUCAAGCGUACUUUAACGAAGCCGACAAGAACUGGGACAACGAGGAGAAGAAGAACCGAAAGAAGAGGGCGAUGACAACGGUCAGCCUUUUCCGCGCAGUGUUCUGCGAUCUGACGAACUUUCGAACGGACGGAGAUGCCGAGAGAUGGCUCAAUGAACUUUGUAGUUUUCCGAACGAGGUCGAGGAGAAAGCACAGGGGUUUGUUGACCUUGUUGAAGGUCGGAUGAACAGCCGAUUUGGAGACAGUGAGCGUGUGAUAUACCAGGAUGCGAUGAACCAACACGAUCUUCGUAGUUGGCUGGACCCCAACCUCAGCGAGGACAACGUCGGCGAGGAACCCCUCUUGUGGCCGUUUGUGAAGCAAGUUCGGAUUGGAGUUCGUGGCUCUCGGAUGCUUGAUCAUUGGACUCUUGCAGAUCUCCCGGGUGUCACGGACACGAACCAGGUGAGAGUCGAUGCGACUCUGAACCACAUCCGACAGUGUGAUCAUCUCUGGAUCUUUGACGAUGUGGCGCGGAUCGUUACCAACGGAAACGUGGUCAACCACUUGGACAAAUAUGGGAAGAUGUUCAAGGACAACUUCGCAGUCAUCGCCACCAAAUGCGAUGAAGGUGUUGACACGGAGUUAGUCAGGGAGAUGACUCGCAACUCGAGAGCUCUCAAGUACUGCCCCGAUCUCGCGGAGCGUGAGGAACGCUGGGAGGACAUCAAUGGAGCGCUGAAGGACAAGAUCUCGAGACUGUCGAGAAAGAAGCAAAAGAAAUCGAAGACUAGCGCCAGUCCGCAAGAAGGAGACCCCGAGAGGCUUCAGAGGUCCCUCAAAAAGACCGAUGAUGAGUGGUGGGAGCUCAUCGUCAAUGCACGGAACCAUGCCAUCGGGCGUGAACUUUGGGACGCCUGUCGAAAGUGUCUGCCGCCCACCCACUACCUGAAAGUCUUCGCUAUCUCGAACACCCAGUACGAAUCGCUCAAGUCUGGAGACGGAAGAGCAUAUUUCCAGCUGAGCGCAAAAGGCACCGGCAUUCCCAAGCUCCGCGUCUACUACCUCAGUGCUGCGGCGCAGCCCUUCUUCCAGAGCCUCCUGAACUUCGUGAACCAUGACUUCGGUGUGUUCAUCGAGGGUUGCAAGCUGUUCGUCCGCAACGAUCCCGUCGAAGGCAGAAAUGAGCUCAUUUCGGUCACAAAGGACGCCCAGCAGAAGAUUCAAACUGCUCUGAACGACUAUUCUCGAGAGGUUCGAAUGGAAGCGAACAGGAAGGUCUUCCGAAGCCUGAGAGCAAAUCAACGCCAGUACACGCUUCAAGCAUGGGAGAUAGUGGACGACACACUCAGCAGCCACGCAUGGGCUACGCUCAAGGUUUUCAUCCGCCAUCAUGGAAAUCACUCGACGCCCGCGAUGCCGGACAAGCAGUGGAACGUCCUCUUCACUGAGCAAGCACGCGGUCAUGUGGUUCAGAACUGGGAAUCGUACAUCCCAGAUCUGAAGCAGAAGUGGAAGUUGCUUGAGGGAACUACGUUCUCAGAGUUGGAGAGCAUCUUCAAAUUGCUCAAGUCCAAAGCCAGACACCCAGACUCCCCAAUGCACACCUUCGCUGCAUCGCUGGAGUCGAGAACGAACGGUGUGCGCGAGACCUUCACUGCAGCCGAAGAAUCUCUGGAGGGCGAUCUCAGACGCAUCUACAACGACGCCACCGUCGACGGUCCCACGAACUUCUUUAUGCAAGCCAUGGUCCCGGCCUACGUAGCGUGCAAGAAGAUCUCAGGCAACGGGUGCAGAGAUCGCUGGCUCGAAGUCCUCAAGGACCACCUCGCAGUGGCCAACGAAGGAACUCCCUUUGAGAAACUGGCCGACCUCAUGCAGGCCGCCAUCAACGCCGCCGUCCUGAAGCAAGUCGCCCAACUCCAAGAGUCGAUCGACAAGACGUUAACCCUGAUCCUGGAAGACUUCGCUUCUGGGGCCACGGAAGUGGAGCAGAGCGAUGCCGAAGAGGGACUGCGUGAGGAUCUCAAGGACUGGCUGCCGGGUGUGAUUCAAGAGUACGAUAUCUGUCGGCAGAUGCUCCGUGAAGUGCGGAAGAGAUGCUUCAAGGAGAUCUUUGUGGACUGA